CUUUCUUCCAGUCUUUCCGGACCAAAAGAAAAACACACCAUUAUGUGUUCAACACAAAUUUAUAUUUUUCCCUCAAAAGUGUAUAGCGAGCGCAACAAUUCAAAUCUAUUAGAUGGCAAUCUCCGGUAACGCCGUGGCAUACCUCCGGCGACGGCUCCUCCCAACUACGCUAAUCCACGUCACGGCUCUUGACGGCAUCGUGAACGUCAAUUCCCUCUUCUCGCUCGCUCUUUUCCUCGGCCUCACCACAAGCGGAAACAUCACCUUCCCGGUUUCCUCCUCCGCCGCCGCCGGAAACCAACAUCUUCGCCGAUGUAUUGCCGCAAAAGGCCCAGUAUUAGCGGAAAGGCUAGUCUCAAGCCACGUUUACUCUUUCAGCUUCUUUCUCUUCUCCAGCCUCAUCGCUAUGUCUCUCAAGCAAGCAAUCCGGACAACGACCAACGGGAGCAUCGUUGAGGAGGAGGCGCGGGUGCUAAACGCGGGAAUGGGGCGCGUGAAUUUGGCGGCUUUGAGAGUUGGAAUCGUGGCUUCGUGUGUUGGAUCUGUUUUGGGAUGUGGGUUCUUGACGAUGGCUUUAGUAGAUCUUGUUCAGGUCAAGCUUGGGCCUUUGGAAUGCACGAAAAGCUUUAACACGCUUGCAGCUAUUGUUCCUCUUGUUGUGCUUGUUCCUUCUGCACUUCUUAUCUAUGUCUUACUUGUUCUCUACGCUUUCAUUUAUUAACACUUUAUUGAUAUUUCUACAA